UCAUGUCACUGUCAGCCAAGUAGGCAAGUUAUUUAUUAUUACUUGUUAGAUUAUUAGAUUAAUGCUAAACCGGGAACUAAAAUCCAAAUAAUUGUAAAAGUUUUCUGGUUGAAAUAAGAGCUGGACUUUUGUUUAAUAAAAUGAGUGCUUUCUUCAAUUUUCAAAGUUUGCUAUCGGUGAUAUUGAUGCUGAUAUGCACUUGCGCCUACUUACGUUCUCUAUUUCCAAGCAUUAUGGAUAGGAAUAAAUCAGGAUUACUUGGAGUGUUUUGGAAGUUAGCUAGAAUCGGGGAACGAUUGUCACCGUAUGUUGCUAUAUCAUGUGUAAUAAUGGCAGUGUCAUUGCUGUUUUGGAAUUAGUCUUAACGUCAUCAAUACUUUCGAAUAGUUUUAUAUGUUUUUUUAAUAAAUUGUUAAAAUUUCAAUUAAGUGAA